GUGGGAUUCUCCAGCCGGCGGCGAGCGCACGAUGCGCGGACCCGGGCGCCCCCUCCUCCUGGGGCUGCUGCUCGUGCUGGGGGCGGCGGGGCCCGGCCGGGGAGUCGCGGAGCCCCGGGAGGCCGCGGACGGGCAGACCCUGCUGCGGCUCAUCGUGGAGAUCGUCCAGGAGCUCAGGAAGUACCAGUCUGGCGAGGCCAAGAGGCCGCCGCUGUGGGGCCAGGAGGACUACGCGCUGGGCCGCAGGGAGGUCGCGGACUACGGGGCGGAUCCGGAGGAGCAGAGAGUGGAAAUUGUUCCUCGAGACCUAAGGAUGAAGGACAAGUUUUUAAAGCAUCUUACAGGUCCUCUUUAUUUCAGUCCGAAGUGCAGCAGACACUUCCACAGACUCUACCACAACACCAGAGACUGCACCAUCCCGGCAUACUAUAAAAGAUGUGCCAGGCUUCUCACCCGGCUUGCUGUCAGUCCAGUGUGCAUGGAGGGAUAA